GUCGUCGAAGGGGUAUUAAUUAAAAUUGAGGGUCUCUUGAACAAUUGAGCUCCCUCCCGUCCCCCGCCGGCUCACCGCCGAUGGUUGUUUGAUUUCCGGCGGAGAGCGCACCCAGUCGCGGUGCGAAGCGAGUACAGGCGAGGGACAGGGAGGACUCCGACCUGAAUCGAUGCAUGUCAUUCUUCUUGGAUGCUCUGUUGAGAUCAUAUUUUAUCGCCAUCACACCCGCCCAACAAAUCACCCCCGCGUCUCGGCCCAAACCCUAUCUUCGUUACGUCGUCCUCUCUUUCUCGCUUUAGGUCUAGGGAUUUGAGGUUCGCUGUGUAUGGAGGAUUCGGGACAACUGAAGCGAGCCUUGGUCGAUUCUUCAGCGGGAGCGAUCGCUGGUGGAAUCUCACGGACAGUGACGUCACCCAUGGAUGUGAUCAAGAUUAGGUUUCAGGUUCAGCUAGAGCCAACAUCUUCAUGGGCCCUACGCCAAAGAGACCUGAAUAAGUCUUCAAAAUAUACUGGAAUUUUGCAAGCUACUAAAGAUAUUUAUCGAGAAGAAGGUUUGCGGGGAUUUUGGAGAGGGAAUGUUCCAGCUCUACUAUUGUACAUGCCUUAUGCAGCUAUACAAUUUACGACUCUGCACUACUUAAAGACUCUUGCAGCAGGCUCAUCCAAAACUGAGGAUCAUAUGAAGUUGAGUCCUCACUUAUCUUUUUUUAGUGGGGCAUUAGCAGGAUGUGCUGCUACAAUAGGAUCAUAUCCUUUUGAUCUUCUCCGAACAAUUUUAGCAUCACAGGGUGAGCCAAAGGUUUAUCCUACCAUGAGGUCUGCAUUUUAUGAUAUCAUUAAGACUCGUGGUAUUCGAGGACUAUAUGCUGGAUUAUCGCCUACGCUCGUCGAAAUAAUUCCUUAUGCUGGUCUUCAGUUUGGAUCUUAUGACACUUUCAAGCGAGGGAUGAUGGCAUGGAAUCAAUACAGAUUUUCUGUUACGAGACCAGCUACUCCUGAUGAUUAUUCUCUUUCUAGUUUUCAAUUGUUUGUAUGUGGGCUUGCAGCUGGAACAUGCGCUAAAGCCAUAUGUCACCCUCUAGAUGUUGUAAAGAAGAGAUUCCAGGUUGAAGGUCUACCAAGGCAUCCAAGGUAUGGCGCAAGAGUAGAGAGCUAUAUGUACAGAAACAUGUACCACGCCCUAUUACAGAUAUAUCAUACAGAGGGGUGGCAUGGACUCUACAAAGGCAUUUUCCCAUCAUUGCUCAAGUCUGCUCCAGCUGGUGCAAUCACAUUUAUAUCAUAUGAGUAUACUUCCGAUUGGCUGGAAUCUCGACUCGCAUGAAGAACAUGAAUAUAUCAGCAAUCAAACCCCCAAGCUUGAUUUACUCCUACUGUUGUCCAGAAUUGAAACUCCAUGAUCAAAUACUAAAUUCGCAACAAAUUCAAUGAGAUUCCAGAAUUAAGACUGAUUCCCUGAUUCAUGUACUUCGUUUCAUGUGCUUCAAGGACCUCAUAGAAAGACUGAAUCUAAUUCAGAUUUCUGGCACUAAAAAGGUCCACAACAAUACAGAUUCAGAUUCUGUUAAAUCUCAAGUUUUGAAACUGAAUUACACAUCUGAACUUGUUUUUCUGAAUUCAGGUUCAGAUUCAAUCAAGCCAUUCAGGACUCAAUUAUGAAUUCAAUGAUGGUUCAAGGAAACAAUUGUGCUAUUUCCAUCAUCCUGCUCCCUUAAAAUUCUGCAGCUUUUGAUCACAGCCCUUACUGAGUUGCAGUUCUUAUUCCUGAUUAGAAAAUGUUUUAAAAAUUUUGCACCAUUACAUUACUGCACUUUAUAAAUUUCGGUAAUCAGAUUUAUCUAUGGCUGUUGUCACUACCAUCCCUACUUAUGAAUGACCUCAAGCUCUGUAAAUUCAUAGAUAAGCUUGGCACAAAACACAUCAACAAAUAUUUUUCACAGAUUUAGUAUGUUUCUGGAAAUUACAACACUUCUUCAAUUUGUUAACAUUCCAUAAUUCUUUGGUCUAAACUUUCCUUGCAUUUCUCUUGCACACUAACGGACAACAAUAUCUUGGAUAAAUUGUUCACACAGCUUCUAGCAACCACAACUUCAGUAACAAAAUCCAAGAAAACAGUUUGAGAAAUUAAGUUCUAGUUCUGAUUUCUGGAUGGCAGAUUAGCUCUAUACAAUAUUUCUUUUGAGAGAACAGUUUGAAAAAUUCUGCAGCUUGAGUUAUGAAAAUUAAAAAGUCAGAUUCUUGAAAGCUGGAGACAAAUUAACAGGAUGAUCAGUACAUCAUCAGCAACUUCUGAAUUCUUGAUUCUCAGAUUUCAACUUUAGACUCAAUUCCAGCUCAUUGAAUUUCCAGCUUCAACAACAAAAUUCAAAUUGAUUCAUCAAUUUCAGUAUUGCCAUUCUGCUAAUCUGUUUUU